UUAGUUCCUCUGCUGAACCCAGAGAGAGACAUGGCUUCAUCACCGCUCUGCUUCUUCCUCCUCUUCCUCGCUGUCCGCUCAGCAGAUGGAUUUCUGGAGUUCAUCGUGAAUCGCUGUGUGUUUAACUCCACUGAGCUGAAGGACAUCGAGUUUAUUACAUCUUAUUACUUCAACAAAGUGGAGGAUGUCAGGUUCAGCAGCUCUGUGGGGAGGUUUGUUGGCUACACUGAGCCUGGUCUGAAAUAUGCAGAGGACUGGAACAAAGAUGCUGGAAAAAUCGCUGCCAUGAAAGCUCAGAAGGAGGCAGUCUGCCUGAACAACGUCAACAUCGACUAUCAGGCUGCUCUGAGUAAAUCAUGGAAACCUUACGUUGUACUGAGCUCCACGGCGCCCUCUGGUGGUGGUGGUCAGAACGGCAUGCUGGUCUGUGGCGUCUACAGCUUCUUCCCCAAAACCAUCAAGGUGACGUGGCUCAGAGACGGACAGGAGGUCACCUCUGAUGUCACCACCACCGAGGAGCUGCCAGACGGCGACUGGUACUACCAGGUCCACUCCACCCUGGAGUACACGCCCAGGUCUGGAGAGAAGAUCUCCUGCAUGGUGGAACAUGCUAGCCUGAAGGAACCUCUGAUCACCCACUGGAAUCCGUCCAUGUCUGAGGCAGAGAGGAACAAGAUGGCCAUCGGAGCUUCAGGACUGAUCCUGGGUCUGGUUCUGUCUCUGGCCGGGUUCAUCUACUACAAGAGGAAGGCCAGAGGACGUAUUCUGGUUCCAACUAACUGAGAAGAGAUGCAGGUUCUGGUUCUGUCAGAUGCAUCAGCUGCUUCUUCAGCCUGCUUCCUGUUUCCAGCUGGUGGAACAUCUCUGGUGGAACUGGACCAUCAUCACCCUGAUCCAGAUCCUCUCAGAGUGGCCCAGUGGUGCUGGGGGUUAUUCUGAGAUGCUCCUGGAUCAGGUGGGAUUGUGACAGAUCAGCUGUUUGUUUUAGUGAAAUCUGUCUCUGUAGACCAAAGCCUCUCUAACUUUGCUCUUCAAUAACAUUUAUCCAGCUUCAUUAUUCCCACUUUGA